AUGUUUCCUACUGAUAUAAAACUGAGCCAGAUCAAGUCACGAGCAUAUGAGUCGCUCCACUCAAUGGCUGCCUUGCGGAAAUCUAAUAUUGAACUUCUUAUGGAUAUUCAGAAUCUUGAUAAUUCUUUGGAGACAUGGCGUCUGGCUGUCCCUCAGAAUUAUCGCCCGAGCCUCUCUUUCUCCUAUGGCAUGGAAGUGGACCCGGGAAGUAUUGACAUACGUACUCUGAUCCUUCGACUUGACUAUCUUUACUGUGUCACAGCCAUUCAUCGAGCUAGUAACAGAUGUCUGCGAAUCGGUAUGAGCUCUGAUGGCAUAGAGUCUGCCAUUGCCACUAGCAUCGCCACUAGCAUUGCUCUCGCAGUUGAGGCUAGUCGUUCGGCAUUGAGGUAUCUGCAGGCUGCAUAUCAUAUUACGAACGAAGGUAGCUUCUGGCUGAUCAUUUUCUACCUCCUCACUGCAUCCGUUACUAUAUCAUGCAACAUCAUUGACAACCCCGCUCUCCCAUCUGCUGUCCAUGACUACGAGCUCCUGAAAGACGUCCCAGACCUCAUGCGUCACAUGUCAACGCAUGAUACCGAGGCAGAAGAGCGUCUUCAUAGAGAUCACUUGGAGUCAUUUCUGAAAGAUUUGAUUGAUGCUGCAGAGUGUGCCAUAUCAAGCAUUAGAGGGAGAACACCAUCGUUGCAGAACGAUAACCAUAUCAACAUGGAUAUAAAUGAUGAGCUGAGUUUCUAG